AUUUCUAACAACUCAAAAAUGGUUUUUUGUUAUUGAUAUAGGAGACGGGUUUUUAGCAUGGGUCCACUUGCCUGAAUUGAAUAGAGAUGGCUUUCCAGACUCCGGGUCCUGGUACAGGGCAAGAGAACAGAAACAGGAAAAUAUUAGAACAUUUAGAGGAACAGAAAAGACGUCUCCGAGGGGGACAAGGUGCCUCAGUCAGUAACCCCAUCCCAAACAGUUCGCCCACAGUUCCGCCUUCUCCUGUGACAGUGCCAGGAAAUAUCAGCCUUGUAAUGGAGACCCAACACAUGACACCUGCCCAGCGGACAGCUUUACAGCAUGCCAAUGCCAACUCUGUGGGCUACUUCAUUACACAAGACUCAUCAUUUGGAAAUCUAAUACUUCCUGUUUUACCCAGAUUUAAUGAAAAAUAACAUUUUGUUCAUCCUCAUUUCAUUGUAUAUACCAUUGACUCAUUUUUUCAUUAAAAUAACUUUUGUAAAACAC